AUGCCCGGCCCAAACCAACCCUUCACCUUCGACUCCACCGGCGCAGACGGCAUCGCCCUCCUCGACGGCAGCGACACAAUCGUCUGGUCAAUCACUGGUGGCCGCCACCUCUACAGCAUCCCGAACCAAUAUCUCCUCAGUCGAGCCCCCAACAGCGAAGUCCAAGCUCAAGCGAACGUGAAAAGUCUUGGUGAAAAGGGCCAGACAGACGGCUUGAUGCAAGAUACUAACCAGUAUAUCUAUGCUGGUAACGCGGAGCAGAACGCGAUUAAUGUCUACAAUGCGAGGAAUUCGACUUUGACGACUUAUAUUCGUGAUCCGAGAAUUGGUUGGACUGACUCGAUGUGGAUCUCGAAUCAGACGUUAUAUUUUCUUGAGAACCAGCUUUUCCGGAGCCCGUCGUACUAUCCUGGGACGGAUCGGAGGAUUAAGCCGUAUGUGUUGUAUAGGGCGCCGACGGCGGAUGGGGGGAGUAGAGUGUCUCCUAUGAUGAUUUGA